GUUUGUUUUAAUCAAAUUUUGGGUGGUUAUCUUUCACUACCCCGUUUCCCCUUUUUCUUUUUAUAAUAAAUUCUUCUUUAUAAAGACUCAAAAUGGUCGUUGCAGAAAUGAAUGAGGCAUUUGACACUAUCCUUAUCUUGGAUUUUGGCUCACAAACUUCUCACUUGAUUGCUCGUCGUGUUCGUGAAUUUGGCAUCUAUUGUGAACUCUUACCCUGUACUCAAAAGAUGUCUGAACUUCACUUCAAGCCCAAGGGUAUUAUCUUGUCUGGCUCUCCUUACUCUGUCUAUGAUACCGAUGCUCCCCGUGUAGACCCUGCCGUCUUUGAUGCCGGUGUACCCGUCUUGGGUAUCUGUUACGGUCUUCAGGAAAUGACCAACUUGAUGGGCGGUAAGGUCGAAGCCUGUGAUCAUCGUGAAUAUGGUUAUGCCAAGUUAUCCAUUCACCAAUUCCCUGAACAUUCUCAUGCUGACAAGCUCUUCAAGGGUAUUGCCAACGACGUUCAAGUCUGGAUGUCUCACGGCGAUCAAGUCACUCAAGCUGCUGAAAACUUUUUAGUCAUUGGUACCACUGCCACUGCUCCUUUUGCUGCUGUCGCUCACAAGGAAAAACCAUUCUACGGUAUUCAAUUGCACCCUGAGCUUUCUCACACAGCCUGCGGUAAGGAUAUCCUUCAUAACUUUGUUUUGGAUAUUUGUCAAGCCUCAGCCUCAUGGACCAUGGAGUCAUUUGUUGACAAAGAAAUCGAACGUAUUCGUCAAAUCGUCGGUCCCACCGGUCGAGUCAUCGGUGCUGUCUCCGGUGGUGUCGAUUCUACUGUGGCCGCCAAAUUGAUGCACGAAGCCAUCGGUGAUAGAUUCCACGCUAUCUUGGUAGACAACGGUGUCAUGCGUUUGAACGAAUGUGAGAAUGUGAAGAAGAUGCUUGUUGACCAUUUGGGUAUCAACCUCAAGAUUGCUGACGCCAGCGACCUCUUUUUGGAUCGCCUCAAGGGUGUGACUGACCCUGAAAAGAAGAGAAAGAUCAUUGGUAACACAUUCAUUGAAGUCUUUGAAGCCGAAGCAGCAUUGAUCGAUAAGGAAUGUGGUGGACAAAUUGAAUACUUGCUCCAAGGUACACUUUACCCAGACGUCAUUGAAUCCAUUUCCUUCAAGGGCCCCAGUGCCACCAUCAAGACCCAUCACAACGUCGGUGGUCUUUUGGAAGACAUGAAGCUCAAGCUGAUCGAACCUCUUCGUGAAUUGUUCAAGGAUGAAGUGCGUGAACUCGGAAGAAUCUUGGGCCUUGAUGAUGACUUGGUCUGGCGCCAUCCUUUCCCUGGCCCAGGUAUUGCCAUUCGUGUCCUCGGUGAAGUCACUCGUGAACAAGUUGAAAUCGCUCGUUUGGCCGAUCACAUCUAUAUUGAAGAAAUCAAAAAGAACGGCUUCUAUCGUCAAAUCUCUCAAGCCUAUGCUGCCCUCUUACCUAUCAAGGCUGUUGGUGUCAUGGGUGAUAAGCGUACUUAUGAACAAGUCAUUGCUUUGAGAGCCGUAGAGACAACUGAUUUCAUGUCUGCCGACGUCAAGACAGGUGCCGAAUGGUUCCAAUGCCUCAAGCGUAUCUCUUCUAGAAUUAUUAAUGAAGUCAAGGGUGUUAACCGUGUUGUAUAUGAUAUUAGCUCUAAGCCUCCUGCUACCAUUGAAUGGGAGUAGAUUAGUAUAUUAAUAAAAAUAAUCAUGCAUUUUUCAUAUUUUUAAUAUUAGAAUUA